CCCUUGCCUGCCUCCCCCGUCCCGCUCCGUUGUCCUCUGAAAUUACUCUUCCGCUUCAAGCAAGAUUAACUCGCCAAGAAGGGAAGCGAGUUUUUUUAGCAAAAAAAAAAAAAAGAAAAAAAGGAGAAGCGAUUUAGCAGCCGCCGCCGCCUCGGCGCAACAUCGAGAGGAUGCGGACGAAGCCCCCCGUAACCAUCGAGUUCAGAGAACGCAGCAUCUCUUUUCCUGCUGCUGCACUCCCCACUCCCCUUCCCAUUUUGCUCCUUCUCCGCCCUCAUCGACAUCAAAUCAAAUUAAGCAAAUUGGAUUAAAUGAUUUCCGAUAUUAGCGAGGAGUAGGAUAUCGCUCGCUGCAGUUAUGGCAGCGUAUUAUUCUUAUUAUUAUUAGUAUCCAUUACUGUUAUGCUCUAUCCGCAUUAUAUACCUCCUCGUCCUCUUUUAUCAGCCCAACCCCUCGCCUCGCUCCAUCCGAUUCCUUUCGCUCUCCGCCGCCGCCGAUUUGAUUGAUUCGCUGCUGCUGCUGCUGCUGCUGGGAUAGUGAGAAGGGGAGUCCUCCCGCAAUCGCAGCCACGAUCAUGAUGCAAGCCCUCGUCGUCCCGUCUUGCUCCGCCCCGUCAAGCGUCCGACGCCCGGUCUCCCUCUCCUGCACCCGGACAAGUGGGGCCUCCUCCCUCCGUUACCCCCGGAGCCACCGGUCCUCCUCCUCCGCCUCCAGAUGCUGCGCCGUCUAUUCUCCCUCCGUCGCCGCCCGAGGUGGUGAGAAAGAGGAGGUCUUCAAGUUUACGGAGGCCGCCAAGAGGGGGAACUUGCUGCCCCUCUACCAGACAAUAUUCUGCGAUCACCUGACGCCGGUGCUCGCCUACCGCUGUCUCGUUAAGGAGGACGACCGGGCAGCCCCGAGCUUCCUCUUCGAGUCGGUGGAGCAAGGCUCCAGUGGAAGCAAUGUGGGCCGUUACAGUGUGGUGGGAGCGCAGCCGGCCAUAGAGAUUGUGGCCAAGGAAAACAUGGUCACGGUUAUGGACCAUGAGUCAGGGCGGAGAACGGAGGAGUUCGUUGAGGAUCCCAUGCAAAUCCCCAGGAAGAUCAUGGAGGGCUGGAAGCCACAGCUCAUCGACGAGCUUCCAAAUGUGUUUUGUGGUGGAUGGGUGGGAUAUUUUUCAUACGACACCAUGCGAUAUGUAGAAACAAAGAAGCUUCCAUUCUCCAAUGCUCCGGAAGAUGAUAGAAACCUUCCUGACGUUCACUUAGGUCUCUACAAUGAUGUCAUAGUGUUUGAUCAUGUGGAAAAGAAAGCAUAUGUUAUUCAUUGGGUGCAUCUAGAUCAGUACUCUUCCAUUGAGAAGGCCUAUGAAGAUGGGAAUCGUUUGGGCAUUUUGCUGUCUAGGGUACACAAUGUUGAUGUGCCUAGGCUUACUGCUGGGUCUGUGAAAUUAUAUACUCGUCAGUUUGGUACUCCAUUAAAGAAGUCAUCCAUGACAAGUGAAGAAUAUAAAACGGCUGUCAUUCAGGCAAAAGAGCAUAUCCUCGCAGGAGAUAUUUUUCAGAUUGUCUUGAGCCAGAGAUUUGAGAGGCGAACAUUUGCAGACCCAUUUGAAGUGUAUCGAGCAUUGAGAAUUGUGAAUCCAAGUCCAAAUAUGGCCUAUUUGCAAGCAAGAGGAUGUAUUCUUGUAGCAUCAAGCCCCGAAAUUCUUACUCGUGUAAACAAGACAAAGAUUAUCAACCGACCACUUGCUGGCACUGCUAGAAGAGGCAAGACAGACAAGGAGGAUAAGUUGCUAGAAGAACAACUACUAAAUGAUGAAAAGCAAUGCGCUGAACACAUUAUGCUAGUUGAUUUGGGGCGGAAUGAUGUUGGAAAGGUCUCGAAGCCUGGUUCUGUAAAGGUAGAAAAGCUAAUGAAUAUUGAAAGAUACUCUCACGUGAUGCACAUCAGCUCCACGGUUACUGGAGAGUUGUUUGAUCAUCUCACUUGCUGGGAUGCUUUACGAGCUGCAUUGCCAGUUGGAACAGUCAGCGGAGCUCCAAAGGUCAGAGCCAUGGAAUUAAUUGAUCAAUUAGAAGUCAAAAGGCGCGGACCAUAUAGUGGUGGUUUUGGAGCUGUCUCAUUUUCUGGUGAUAUGGAUGUUUCCCUUGCUCUCCGGACAAUUGUAUUUCCAACAGGGAGCCGCAAUGACACGAUGUAUUCGUACAAGGAAAUGAACAAGCGCCAGGAAUGGGUAGCACAGCUUCAGGCUGGAGCUGGUAUUGUGGCAGAUAGCGUGCCACAUGAUGAGCAAAGAGAGUGCGAGAACAAGGCAGCAGCUCUUGCUAGAGCUAUUGAUCUUGCCGAGUCGACAUUUACAGAAUAGUUGCUUAUUAAUUUUCAUUUUUCAGUGAUAUUGUCUUUUUCCUGUAAAGAAAAUUUAAAGGAUAUCAGAUCUCUGUUCUUUAGUAAAAUUCAUUAGAUGACAAAACCUUUACUAUGAGGGAUUCAUGAUUGCGUUUUUUUAAUUUUUUUAUUUUUUGAAACAAAUACGGAUAUUGGGUCAUGGGGAUGUUUAAAUGGAUCUUGACCCUGCUACUGCAUAGGAGGCGUGUUUUCUCAG